GCCACAACCCGGGAGGAGAUAUUGCGUUUCUCUCCCAUUCCGUUCGUGAGGGAGCAAAAACCAAAAUGCGGAAAUAACCGAAGAGCAUCGCUCGAGAAUAUCUCACAGUUUUCUUCACAUUCCCAGUUCGAUUUACUCAUUGGAAAAUCAAACCCAGAUUCGCUUUCAAACGGGAAAGAUUCCCGCCCAAUCGCAACCCGCAAAUCAAUCGCCGCAUGCGUGCGUAUCUUGUGUCGUAAUCAAAAGAUUCCAUGGACCCUUCCAUUAUGAAACUCCUCGAAGAGGACGAGGACGAAUCAAUGCAUUCUGGGGCGGCUGUUGAGGCGUUCACGGCCGCUCUGAACAGGGACAUAGCGGGGGAUACGUCCACAUCACAACAUUCUGAUUCAGACACUGCAGCAUCUUUUUCUCAAGGAAGCAAUCACUUGUUUGCACAGUGGCAGUCUUCCAUCCAUGAUGCAAACACCGACGGUCACAAAGGGCAAGAUUUGAAUGGUUCGGGGCAACAAGAGCAACAUUCCUCCAAAAUGGAGCUCAAGCAACAAGGGUCUGGUCCUCAGAGUCAGCAAAUUGAUGCCCAUUUUUCACAGACGAUGUUUAUUCCAAAUUCUGAGAUGAAUCCAAUCCAUAUUACAGAGCCAAACAGAGAACAAAAUCUGGAGAGUUCUCAAUUCUCAAAGAAGAUGAAUAAUCAACAGGCAAUCGUAGGAGAACAGGCAAUGAAUUCAGUGAAAAGUGGAAAACAAGUGCCGUUUGGUAUGUUGCUCCCAAUCCUAGUACCCCAACUUGAUAAGGAAAGAGGCAUGCAACUAAAUACUCUUUAUAUGAAAUUGAAGAAAAAUGAAAUCUCCAAAAUGGGAUUUGUCCGGCACAUGAAAGCUAUUGUAGGGGACCAUAUGCUCAAGAUGGCUGUAUGUAAGGUGCAAGUGCAGGCUCAAAAAUCACAGGCUGGACCCAACCAAUCGCCAUUACAGUCUCAAGCUUCAGCACAACCACAGCACCUGAAAAUGCCAUCCGUUGGAGCGAAUCAGGGAACUGUUCUCCUGUCUCAUGUUCCCUCUUCAGCUGCACAACAAACUAGUUAUUCAACCAAUGCAAUGACAAAUAGUAAUGUUGAAAAGUCCCUAGAGAUGGAAUGGAAAUCAGAUUCAAGUGCAAUGCCAGCAAGCCAAACUUCUAUAUCCAGGUUGAGUAACAUAAACCAAGAACGGGAACACCCCACAAUUCCCAUACAAGGACUGAGCAAGCUGCAGCAACAGCAUCUGCACUUCUCACCGCCAUCUUUUGCCAUAGAUGGAAGUAAAAGUGGUAAUUAUCAUCAAUUUUCUGGAUCAAAUGUUAGCACUUCAGCAUCUUCUCUCAAACAGCAGCCCCAUGAUUCACUAACGAGGCAGGGUCCAACUCAGGUCACGAAUGUGUUGAGUGUUCCUAAAUUUGAGAGGCCAAAUUCUGUUAUUGGAUCGAAGAGAGUGCAGGUUGGAACCCUUAUGCCACAUAAUUGGCCAUCAUCAACCACCAAAGACCAGAAAAAUGAUGCUAUAUCAUCUAUGACAUUUAUUAAAGAAGAGCCUGUUGAUCAGGGGAGUAGUGAUAAACAACUAAAAUCGCGGCAUGGGUUGUCGUCUCUCCCUCCUUCAAAAGAGGAACAAAGGAAUAUAACUUCUGGAACUUCAUCAGACAACUUCCCAACAUCUAGAUGUACAGCGCCUUCUAAUUCAGUGCCUUCUCCUAUGACGAACCAGCUGGACCCCAGUAUCUUGUCGAACUCUCCGAUCCCAUCUGCAACAUCUCCGGCUGGGCCUAAAAGUAGUCAAGAGACACCCCCAAUAAAGACUUUUAUGGGCCAAAAGAAACCACUUGAAUCCCUUUGUUCUUCGCCGCCUCCACCAAGUAAGAAGCAAAAAGUAUCUGGGCCCUUCCUGGACGAAAGCAUUGAACAACUCAAUGAUGUAACUGCCGUCAGUGGAGUCAAUCUUAGGGAAGAGGAAGAACAUCUGUUUUCUGGGCCCAAAGAAGAUAAUCGAGUUUCAGAAGCAUCUCGAAGGGUUGUGCAAGAAGAAGAAGAAAGGCUGAUUUUGCAGAACAUUCCCCUUCGGGAAAAAGUGGCAGAAAUCAUUGCAAAAUGUGGUCUAAUGAGUAUAAGCAAUGAUGUGGAGCGAUGCUUGUCAUUGUGUGUUGAGGAAAGAUUGCGUGGACUGAUAAGUAAUCUGAUCAGACUGUCAAAACAGCGGGUUGAUAUAGAGAAGCCAAGGCACAGAACUCUUAUCACCUCGGAUGUUCAACAACAAAUCACGGCAAUUAACCAAAAAGCGAGGGCAGAAUUGGAUAAAAAACAGACUGAAGCCGAAAAACUCCAAAACCUCUAUGAACCAGAAGGUGGUGUUGAUGGUGACAAGGAUGAAGGUCGUGUGAAAUCAUUCAAGGCAAACAAAGAAGAGGAUGACAAAAUGCGGACAACUGCUGCAAAUGUUGCAGCUCGAGCAGCUGUUGGAGGAGAUGAUAUGCUCUCAAAAUGGCAGCUAAUGGCUGAGCAGGCACGCCAGAAACGUGGAGGAGGUGAUGUGUUUUCUGGUUCUCAACCUGGUACUGACCUUAGCCGCAAGCCUUUAUCAACCUCUCAAAAUACUGAAACGGGUAAUCAAGAAGCGGAGAAAAGGGGUCAUCAAACUGAUGCUGUGACAUUUGGGUUGAGUAGGAAAUUUGCAAGGAACCAAGGCAUGGUGCCUCACUCUAAAGUGAAUCCUUCCAUCUCCAUUAAGGAUGUCAUCGCCGCCCUCGAAAGGGAGCCCCAGAUGUUAAAAACUACAUUGAUAUAUCGCUUGUAUGAAAAAGCCCGUGCUAAUGUUGUCGCUAAAUAAUCUUGGGUGAAUCAUGUCGCAGUUAGAUCCUUCAGCUAGUACAUUGCAAGGCAUUAGAAAAGGCAGCUCAUUUUUUUAUUCUUCCCAUUUUUCAUUUCCUGUAAAUUCUGCGCAGUUCAGAGUUCUUGGAUGGUUUUUGUAAUUCGUCAGUAUUUUUUUAUUUUUUAUUUU